AUUCCCCAUUUCCUCUCCAUCUCAAUCUGCACCUCAUUCUUUUUCUCUUGAAUCAAAGGAAAACCGUUCUCUUCAUUUCAGCCCUUUCUCUUCUACUUCUUCCUGCAAAACCCCUUAUAUUUUUUCUUUCCAUAAAAUCUCACCUACCCAGAAUUUAAAAAUGACUCUUCUUGAUCGCCCCGAUGACAUUGAAGCCCCAAACAUUCAGGUCUGGAACAAUGCUGCAUUUGACAAUGGAGAAUCAGAUGUUAGAACCGUUUCUUGGUCGAAUGUGCAAGAUUCCUACAAGAAUAUAUCUUCCCAAUCGUUGCAGAGUGAUUGCAGCAAAGAAAAUUUGUGCCCUUUGAAUUUGAAAACCCCUGCUUCCGUCAAGUACUCUGUUUCUGUGAAGCCGCUCAAUCGUAAUGGCGUCGUUGAAAAUUCACAAGGGAAGCCAUUCAAAACGCCUUGUAUGGUCUCACCCAAAAUGUAUGGUAUCAAGGGGAAAGAAGAGGAGGAGGUAAUUAGUAAGGAAAGAAAUAUUGAUGAAGAAAUUGAAGAAACAGAGAGGGAAAUCAAUCGAUUAGCGACAAGGCUUAAAGCUCUUCAAAUUGAAAAGGACGAGCAAAAAGCCACAAGAACAACAGUUCAGAGGGGCGCAAGAUUCGGGCCCAUCAGAUCGGUUGACUCGAAAGCAAGUAGCAAGAAUUCAGAUGGGGUUGGUAAAACGUUUGAAGACUCUUUAGUUAAACUGAAAAUUAGUAAAAACAGAGGCUUAAGUUUGGGGCCGUCGGAAAUCCACGGUAGCAUAGGAGCACGACGGCAAGGGAAGACAGAAAUCACGCCGGCUCAGCGAAUUCAAAACCGUCGGCAAUCAUGCCUUCCAAAAUUACUAGAUAUUGACGAAGUGAAGGUGAAGAACAGAAGAGGAAACAGCUUCAGCCUUAGCCCCAAAUCGAGGGGGACUUUGAUCAAGGCUAACACUGUACGGAAACCUGCCACCACUAUCGUGUCAAAACGACCGGUAAAAAAAGAUGGGGUUUCUGAAUUCAUUCAACCAAAGAAACUCUUUAAAGACGUUGAAAAAUCAGUACCACCCACCAGUGUCAAAAAGCAAUUGAGAACUGGUAGGAUUAUAGCGAGCCGUUACAAUCAGACAAACGAAAGCAGCCAAGUAUCGAUAGAGAAUCGUAAGAGAUCUCUGCCGGGAAAUUGCAAAGACGAUGGGAGCAGUAGGUAUGACAAGCGGCGAUCUUCGUCGGAGCUUUGCCAGAGCAAGGCACCGCAAAGCAGAGUGAAGAAGCGAUGGGAAAUACCAAGUGAAAUAAUGAUUCUUCAACAAGAAAUGGAAGAAACAUGUUUGGCAUCGUCAGUUUCAAAGGUGGGUGAUAUGCUUCCGAGGAUCAGAACGACUCGCUGUGCGAAUAUGAGCCCAAGGGACUCGGGACCGGCCAAGAGGGUCGCAGAAUUGAAUGAGAGUAAGACAAAUUUUUUUGCUGAUGAAGAAAUGGAAGCAUCAAUCUGUCAGAAGUUGAAUUUUGCAGAGGAUGAGGAGGAGGAAUGAAAUGAAACAAUGACGUUUUCUUUUAAUCUUGUUCAGUAUUUUGUGAACCAUAACUCCUGUUAUGGAAACAGGCAAAGCUUCUUGUUUGUAGACUUAUGUUUGUGGAAAAUAAAGGAUCAAACUUUCAUUUUUCAGUAA